AAAUGCGGUUUGAUUUUAUUACAUUUUAUUUUCCACAAUUAAAUGCUAAGUAAGUAAUCAAGCUCUUAAUUAAUUAGUUUUUUAUUUAGCAUUCAAUAUUUAAUUCAAUCUGCGUAUACCCAGCCUUUGGAAAGGUAAACAUCCACACACUUAUAUAAACAACACGAAUGUCCAUAUGUAUGAUGAAAUCUGCAUUAAAAUAAUAUUGUUUUUAAUUUAUUAUUGAAUGCUGACUUACAUUCGGACUCGUUCUUUGUUCUGAACGAUCAGCCGCUGUGAGGCCCGUCUCAAGUCGCAAUCAUUAUGUAAUUAUUGCAAUGUCAUUUCGCUCGCUCAGCCGCUGAGCAAAUGUAUUUUUUUUUCAAGUUUUUAUUUUGAUUCUAUUUUGUUUUAGCAAUUGACAAUAUUUGUUAGCAUGUUUUAGAAGGCAACAAAUAUUUGUUUUGGCAGUAUUUCAACUGAACCUCAACCUAUAGAAUAUUGUCUUCUAAUACAGCUUUUAACCCCUUCUAACUGUCAGAAAAAUAAUUAUAUAAAAAUUAUGCAUAGCUUUUUUAGCAAUUAAAAGAUUGUAGUGUUCAAUAUCAUUCUAUUUUCCCUAUAAAAUAAAAUUAUUUUCACAUCUUUUCCUAUUCUUUUCUCUCUAUUUAUAUCUGGAAAAUUUACUCAGCUUCACUACCUCUUACAAAACUUGUCAAGUCCUUGACCUUUGCAAUAAACUUGAUAAAUAUUACAAGAACAAUUAAUUAAUUUCUUACCGGAAAUCGAAAAUAUCAGUUAACUAAUAAGUUCCAUAAUAAUUCAUUAUGCUCAUUAGAAUUAUAUUCUUGUAGCCUGAAAGCAUUUCCACCUAAUUACCCAAAACAAAGACGACGCUUUUCCCCGCUAUUGGACUAAAUUUUCCAUGACGCCGUUGGCCAACCUGACCUCAAAGUGCUGCAGCAGCAUCAUCACAAUUUUCCGGCUACCCGGUUUUCCCGCUUUUCCUUUAGUGUUGCCAGUGGUUCUGCGUCUGUUUAUGCCUUUGCUCCUGGCCGUGCAACGUGAGGAAGCGGCGGCCCGUGUGAUUACCACAGCAACGAAUGGACGUCACCCGCCAGCCGCCAAAGUCGAGUCGAGUCACCUCACCGGGCUCACCUGGGCCGGCUCACAUUUUCCAGACCAGCGCACUCGAAAGUCACAUUACUCGUUGUGCCUAUUACAUGACACACAAACGAAUCGCAAACGAAUUCGAACGAACGAAUGA